AAAAAUUAAGUACUCAGUUCUUUUUUCUACUUAGGAAGAACGAAACAGAAAAUCAGAAUCUGAGUUCUUCAAACCCAAACCCUAACAUUACAACAAAAAUACCAAUGUAUCGAUUUUUCUCUUGCAUUCGCCAUGGCCGUGGAUCUUCCCUCGUAUCUCUCCUUGCAUCAAAACGUGCGUUUCCAUUCGAUGCCGCUAUGCGACCUCGCCGCUUAAUUCAAAACGACGGACAUGUUAGGGGAUUUUCAAGUUCAAAUUUUGAUUGGAGGACGCUUCAAAGUAGCCAGAAUGUGAAUGCAGAGGGGAAUGCUCGUCCAGACAUGCAGAAUUUAGAAAACCGAAAACCCAGAAACUGGAAUAAUGGGAACCAGAAUGUGAAUGCAGAUCGCGCUUAUCCAAAUUUUAUGCAAAAUAGAGAGAACGUGAAUAGCAUAAUGUGGAAUAAUCUGGGCCAGAAUGUGAAUGCAGAGGGGAAUGCUCGUCCAGACAUGCAGAAUUUAGAAAACCGAAAACCCAGAAACUGGAAUAAUGGGAACCAGAAUGUGAAUGCAGAUGCCAACGCUUAUCCAAAUUUUAUGCAAAAUAGAGAGAACGUGAAUAGCAUAAUGUGGAAUAAUCUGGGCCAGAAUGUGAAAGCAAAUGCAGACGCCCCUCCCGAUUUUAUGCAAGAUAAAGAGAACAUAAACCUCGAAAGCAAGAAUGAUGUUGGGACUGGCUUGAAUUAUAGGCCAAUGGACUUUGUAAGAGGAAUUUUAGAUGCAGAUAAUUUUAGGAGAGGUGGUUCCUUUCAGUAUCAGUAUGAGCAGGAUGCUGAUCAUGUUCAUAUAAAGAUGUUACGUAAUAAUACCUUUGUGACUGUAACAGAUUCUAAAGGAAAUGUAAAACUCAGUGGCUCUGCUGGUUCAUUGAAAGACCUGAAAUCAGGGCAAAAGCUUUCUAGGUAUGCCGCCGAGGCAACUGCGGAAGUUGUGGGCCGGAGGUCUAGGGCUUUGGGAUUGAAAUCUGUGGUCAUGAAAGUGAAUGGAUUUACCCAUUUUAGAAGAAAAAGGCAAGCGAUACUGAGCUGGAAGGAGGGCUUUACUUCUGAUUCUCGAGGCGGUAGAAAUCCAAUUGUAUUCAUUGAAGAUACCACUAGAAAACCCCAUAAUGGCUGCAGAUUACCAAAGAAACGACGUAUUUAGGUGUUUGGUAUUGAGGUGGUUGGAGAAACUUUAUUUUACUUGGAUAGAGACACUUUAGGUGCUGUUUUGGGCACAUGAUGAUACUUAUCUUGAGCACAUUACUUGUAGACUAUCCGUCUCCUUCCUCCUGUACAAUUUUGAAGAUUAAUAAUCAGAACUUUCUGUAACAGUAUUUAAUACUGAUUGUUGAUUUCUGUCA